GAAAUCUCUCUACUUUCAUUUUCGCUUUUUAUGCUGAGUAACUGUGAGUACAGCUCCGUGUCGUGCGCGGUAUUGAAUUACAUAAAUAUAAAGUGUAUUUUUGUGUCUGGCUGCUUUUUUUAAAGCCUCAACGCUUUUAUAAACUUAGUCAAACAAGUUUUCAUCUGCAGAGUCGACAUGGCUUUUCACGAUCCUGCCUCAAAGAAACAGGUGGACGACUUCUGCGUAAAGCUCACCAAGGAGGCAGAGCAGCUGGUUUCUGUAUUUUUCCCUCAGAAGAUUGAAGAGCUGCAGAAGCUGUUGCAGACAUCUUUCAGCCGCAGUGACCUGGAAUUUCUGAGGGCUCCACUAGACAUCCCAAUACCAGACCCAGUAAAAGAGGAGGCCAAGCGCAAGAAGAAAGAGGAGAAGGAGGCGAAGAAGGGGAAGGAAGACAAGGACAGCGAUAAAGAGGACGAAGAUUCAGGGCCUCCUUGUGGUCCCAUCUCCAGCAACGAACAUGUGGAAAGUCUCCUACAGGUGGUAAAGCCUGAGAUCCAGACACUGAAAGAGAAGCUCAACACGGUGUCAAUGUGGGUGCAGCUCCAAAUCCCUAAAAUUGAAGAUGGGAACAACUUUGGAGUGGCUGUACAGGAAAAAGUGUUUGAGCUGCUGACCAACACACGCACCAAGAUCGAGGGCUUCCAAACGCAGAUCGCAAAAUAUUUCAGCGAGAGAGGUGAUGCUAUAGCCAAAGCUGCCAAACAGUCCCACGUGGGAGACUACAGACAGCUGGUUCAUGAGCUGGACCAGGUCCAGUACAUGGAGCUCCGCCUUGUGGUCCUGGAAAUCCGUAACACAUAUGCUGUGUUGUUUGACAUCAUUACUAAGAACUAUGACAAGAUUAAGAAGCCCAGAGGAGACGGCAAGGCUCUCAUCUACUGAGACUCCAGCACACUCACCUUCCAAAGAGAUACUACCAGUGUAGUAUGACACUCUCAUAACAAUACACCUGUUCUGACACAAAUGUCUUCUUUUUCAUCCGGUGCAUUCAUUUUUGGAAAGAUUACAAAAUAAAGCAACAUGAUUCCGGUA